GGUACAUCUGGAAUAGAACACUAGGAGUCAGCAGUCGACAACAUCGUAGUAACUUAAAUUAUUAGUAAAACAAAAUAAAAACUGUCAAAAAGUUUUAAAUAUAUCUAUUUUACUUAGUAAUCAAGUAUAACAAAGUGACAUUCAGCUCUCAGUAGUUGGCAGAACUAUGUCUUCUAAUGUAAGCAACAAUGGCUGCGGCUGUGAAGAAGGUAGUAAAGGUCACGUGCUGGUCACAGGAGGCGCGGGCUACAUAGGUACCAUGGUGACACCCAUGUUACUGGAAGCCGGGUAUGAAGUCACCAUAUACGACCGCUUCAGCUGGGGAGUGUCACCGAUCCUGUCGUUCGUGGAACACCCCAGUGUGCACAUUGUAAACGGAGACAUCCGAAACAAAGCAAAACUGAAGCAGGUGAUUUCCGAAAAGGUUGGAAUAAUACACCUGGCGGCAAUCGUUGGUUAUCCCGCUUGCGACAAAGAUCAGACGGAAGCAUACGAAGUGAAUGUCGAAGGUACCCGAAAUAUCACGGACAUGCUCGAACCAAACCAGGCCUUGAUUUACGCCAGCACGGGGUCUUGCUAUGGAGCUGUUGAAGGAAUCUGCACCGAGGACACACCUAUCAGCCCUCUGUCCUUUUAUGGAAGCACUAAAGCUGCUGGAGAGAAGAUAGUUCUCGACAAUGGAGGCGUUGCACUGAGACUUGCCACAGUUUUUGGAAUCUCUCCGCGUAUCCGCCUUGACCUGCUGGUCAACGAUCUCACCCACAAGGCUCUGACCAUCAAACAUUUUGACCUCUAUGAAGGUCACUUCCGGCGGACAUUCCUUCACGUGAAGGAUGCUGCACGUGCAUUCGUGUUUGCCUUGGUAAACUUCGAAACGAUGCAGGGACAGGCCUACAACGUUGGAGACAACAGAAUGAACCUGACGAAGCUACAGGUAGCCAAUAUAAUCCAACAACGAGUCCCCGACUGCAAAAUAACGGUAGCUAACACGGGGCAAGAUCAGGACAAGCGUGACUACGAAGUAUCAUACGCAAAGAUUCAGACCCUGGGCUAUAGAUCCACCAUCACUGUAGAAGAAGGUGUCAGUGCUUUGCUCAAAGUGUUGCCGAAUAUCAGCGAAUGCGAGAUUGCGCGGUCUAGAAAUAUAUAAGACUAGUUACUACAUAGGCGGUGUAAAAUAUGUAUUAUCGGUUACUUCAACAUUUCAACAUUUCAUAAUCGUUAAACGACACAUAAAACUUACACACUUUGGCAUAAAGACUUAAUCGUAUCCGAUAUUCCACCUUGGACCAAGACACUGGCCAUACCAGAGGCAGAGGCCAGGAUGGACAUGCCUGAACCUUGAAUGCUAUGGGUAUUAUAUAUGUCAAAACUGUUAGGAUUUGGAUUAUUAGUAAGCGAUCUAUGUGGAAUUUUCAUUCUGUAGACUAUGACGACUAUGUUGCUAAUUUUCUUGGACACUUUAGUAGAUGAUAUGAAGUGCGACUGCCUUUAAAUUAUCAAUUUUAGCAAAUCGUUGGUCUAGUGUUUGUAGUAUACUCAACAAAAUUAAAUAAGGACCAGUAGAUGUUUUUUUUGCAUUUUCGUUUCUCCACACACACACACACACACACAAGAUAGUUUGGUUCAGACCACGCUACGCCUCUGGAAAUAUGUAUCUACUUAAGGAAAAACAGAUUGUUAUUUGUCUACACAAAUUGUUGUAAUUGAUAUUAUUAUUAUUAUUAGUAGUAGUAGUAUUACUCAGAUGUUUAUGUUGGUCCUAGUACAUAUAAUAUGUACUUACGUUUAUUUUAUUAUAACAAUAUUUGUUUGAUUGUGUAACAUGUUUUAGUAUAUUUAUGUAUUUGAAUAUAUACUGAACGCCAUUAGUAACUAUACACU